GCGGGCCGGCAGGAAAUGACGAAGGCAGAGGUCGUCCAGGUCCGUUCGGUAACCGGGUCCCGCGCGUCCGGCCCCGACUCGGGGGGGAAAGAGCCCCGAGCGGAGUAGCCUGGCCGCGUGCCGCCUCCGGAGCCAGCAGCCCCCAUGCCUGGAGGUUACGGGGUGAUGGCUGACGAUGGCUCUAUGGAUUAUAGCGUUCAUGAGGCCUGGAACGAAGCCACCAAUGUUUACCUGGUAGUGAUCCUUGUUAGCUUUGUUCUCUUCAUGUAUGCCAAGAGGAAUAAAAGAAAAAUUAUGAGGAUAUUCAGUGUGCCACCUACAGCAGAAACUUUAUCAGAGCCCAGCUUUUAUGACACAAUAAGCAAAAUCCGUUUAAGACAGCAACUGGAAAUGUAUUCCAUUUCAAGGAAGUAUGACUAUCAACAGCCACAAAACCAAGCUGACAGUGUGCAACUCUCGUUGGAAUAAAAUCACAGAAAAUGAACAACAUUAAGUAAUGGUUCAGCAGUGUGGUAGUAAGCUCCUAAAUAUACUAAAUCCAUGAACAGCAUUUUCUUUUUAAACCCUAUGUCCCUAAAAUCAUUUUACUUGUCAUUUUUCCCAGUUUUUUGUUUUGUUUUGCUUUUUAAAAUUACAUCUCCAAGUCAUUUAUUAUACAAAAAAAAAGGGGGGGGGGAGCAGUCAAAAUACCUGGACUCAGAGAGUCUGCACAUACUUAGAAAGAUAGAAUAUAACCAGAGAUGGUGAUUUUACCUUGUGAAGACCUUUGAUUUCUUCAGGAUACAAUCAGUCAGGAAUAAAAAUACAUCUUUGGAAGUGAGACUCUGGAGAUUAUGCCACUUUGGUUUAAACAUUUUUGCAAAAUUAAAAAGUAAAAAUCCUGAGGCACCUGGGUGGCUCAGUCGUUAAGCGUCUGCCUUCGGCUCAGGUCUUGAUCCCAGAGUCCUGGGAUCGAGCCCCACAUCGGGCUCCCUGCUCCGCGGAAAGCCUGCUUCUCCCUCUCCCACUCCCCCUGCUUGUGUUCCCUCUCUCACUGUGUCUCUGUCAAAUAAAUAAAUAAAAUCUUAAAAAAAAAAAAAAAGUAAAAAUUCCAUCAUUGGAAGAACAUAAUCCUCUUCAGUUGUAUUCUGUGAUGAAUGUAAUAUGGAUAGUGGACGGAUUUGUGUUCUCCCUGCUGUCGUCACUGCACUUUAAUUGAAUUAAUGAUCUUUGCUUCUUCCGAACUUGCACAGGAGACUGUCUUUUCUACUCUCUUUAUGAAGCAUGCCCAUCUGCUAAUUGUGGAAGCUUUCUGUGAUUGGAAUGUUUUCCCUUCAUUGUGUUCCCAGGAGUUUGUUUGCUUUUUUUUUUUUUAAUCCCACAGUUUCAUUCCCACCAGAACAGUCUUCUUUGGACCAUGCUAGAGCCAUGCUGGAACCAUGCUGCUGAAUAAAUGGGCACCUCUCUACUAGUGUUGGCAACUUGCUUUUUUGGUUAUGUAACUCUCGUUUAAUGUGACUGUCUGGUUACUUACACUUUUCUAGCAUAAUAAACUUCCCUGAAGACUCUCA